AUGCCCAGCCAGCCGCCCCUCCCCCACCUCCUCACACCAUAUAUAUGCUCCCCUCCUCCCUCGUCGCUCACAACUGUUUCAUCCGUACUAGGUGCUACAGGGAACUGGCUUGUAUUGCGAUUCUUAUGCGCGGCACUUAAUGCAACUUCCAACUCCCAUUCUGGUUCUGGGAUUGCUGGAGUCGAAGGAGGGCGGAAGAAAAAAGUUGUACUCGUGAGUUUUCUGCGGGGUUGGGAAUUUUGGAGAUCAGAAGCAAAACGAUUGGGACUAGAUCUAGCACGUCUUACAGAAAAACGGCAGUUUGCGUUUGUCGAUGGGCUUUCUAAACUGUUCUCCCCUCCAACUGCUCCAGCAUCGUCACCCGCACAAUCACAUUAUCUCGGAUCCAGUCCAACACCUCGGACAAUCCUUCCUACUAGAUCACAUCCUGGUAUUGCCCCUCAUGAUCCGUCACUGUCGCGCCAACCAGCCCCUCCAUCAGCAGGCCCUGGUGUCCCGUCACAUCAAUCUACAAGAGAAUCCAGCCCGGUGAAGCGACUGCGCCUAUCGGGAAACGGAACCGCAGCUAUAGAUGCUUUGGAAAAGGACAUCGCAGCAGUGAUAAACAAGCUCAAGUCUCCAAAUCCGGGUGAAGAUGGCGAUGAAGCCGAUGUUCUUCUGAUCGUCGAUCAGCCGGAUCUGUUACUUGCCGCCACGGGACCAAAUAAGGGAAUUGGUGCUACAGAAAUGGGGGAGUGGAUAAUGGGACUACAGCAGGCUGCGACAGCGACUGUGGUAACAGUAUCCUCGGAUUCGCCAUUAAUUCAUAAUGCAUCUGCAUUUGUACACCAGACAGCGACUCCUUUAGAGACGGAACAUGCAGCGUUUACGGUUGGGUUGGCUUAUCGGGCAGAAAUGGUUAUGCAGCUUCGGAAUUUGGAAACCGGUGCUGCUAGGGAUGUUAGUGGCGUCCUCAGAGUUAGCAAGGGAGGGGCCUGGGGUCAUAGAGAAAGCGCUGGCGAGGAAAGUUGGGAGGAAAAAGAGGUAUUGUACUUCGUCCAGAGGGAUGGAGGUGUAAGUGUGUUCGGGCGUGGGGAAUAA